CAAUUAAAUUUAAAACAAUCAAAGGAUGUACACAAUUUAUAACUUGUUAGACGUGGCCGGGCAUGGAUUAAGUUGUGAUUGUCUAAAGUUUUUUGAACUAAAUGAUCAGUUGGUUUUGGUGAACUUAAUUGAUAAAGAUGUGAAUUAUUAAUGAUUUGGUAAAUCUGUCUAAAAUAAUUAAAACCCUUAAUUUGAUAAAUACCUUCUACAGAUGAUUGAACUAGCUAAUAAUUUUUAUACCUUUCAACUCUGCUUGGCCAAAUUAGUUAAUAAAAUUUUUAUUAAGUAUGAGGGGAUUACCGUAUUUACUCGAUUAAUUCCCCACCCUCAAAUAAUUCCCCACCCUCUAUUAAUUCCCCAUGCCAGGGAUGAGUUGAAAAAAUAAUUCCCCAUCCUGAAUACCCUACUACACAUUCAAAUUUCAAAACUCGAAUAAUUCCCCUCCCUUGAAUAAUUUCCCAUGCUACAGAUGGGUUGAAAAAAUAAUUCCCCGGGGGAAUUAAUCGAGUAAAUACGGUAUAUAUUUUUUGAAAAAACUGAAACAGACAAAACUUAAUAAUUUGUUUAGAGACUAUUAAGGUUGGCGGUUCCUGGUAAAUCCCCGAAUAUCCGCUAACCUUAGGGUUAAUAUUC